AUGUUGCACUUGCACAAAAUUCGUGACAAUCUAUUUCUGGGAGACAUUAAUUCAGCGUCACAAGUACUUAUUGGAGGUGAAUAUGGCAGUAAAGAAAAAAUCACCCAUAUGUUAUCAGUUUGGGAAAAGCCUUCUAUGGAGUUUUUCACAGAACUGAUACCAGAUUAUUCUGUGGUCCCCUCCAAAGUAAUUCGUACGGUCUACACGGAGGAGUCGGGUUCAGAUAAAAAGAUACAUUAUGUGUUAGAGAAUGCAGGUCAUGAUCUGAACCUGGUGAGGAUGGCUGUACCUUUGAAAGACACCGAGGGUGCGAAUUUGCUCGAUAAUUUGGACGUUUGUUUGGAUUUUAUUGACCAGGCUAGGAAAAAUGGGUCGGUUUUGGUGCAUUGUUAUGCAGGUUUAUCGAGAAGUGCAUCUGUUAUCACGGCUUACUUGAUGAGAUCAGAACGGCUUUCUGCACAAGAUGCACUUGAGUCGUUACGCCAAAUCAAGCCGUAUGUAUUUCCUAAUGAUGGGUUUUUACAACAGUUGGCGAUGUUUGAAGAAAUGGGGUUCAAGGUUGAUCAUUCAAGCCCUGUUUAUAAACGCUUCCGUGGGAAGGUUUUAGGGCCAGGGGACGUCUUGAGUUUGUGGGCUCAAGACGUAUGGUGCAAAGUGUCUAGGCUAAUGCUGCCUACACCAGAUUGCAAAGAAGCGCCGAGUCAAGCACCCGAUGAGCCGACCCAACCUGAUAAACCGGACUUGUGA